AUGGACGUUGUGGUAGAUAAGCAACUCACGUCGGAUAAGAAAUCCUUUCCGGAAUGUGUGAGAUGCAAGGACUCGAUUGUAUCUGGCCAUGCUUACGAACUGGGCGAUGACAAAUGGCAUACUCAUUGUUUCUCGUGUUACCGUUGUGAGAAGCCUCUGAGUUGCGAUUCGGAUUUCUUGGUGUUGGGAACUGGCGCAUUGAUCUGUUUCGAUUGCUCAGAUUCCUGUAAGAGUUGCGGGAAGAAAAUAGAUGAUUUGGCAAUCAUAUUAUCCACUUCGAAUGAGGCUUACUGCUCAGACUGCUUCAAGUGUUGCAAGUGUGGUAAUAAGAUCGAGGACCUACGAUAUGCAAAGACAAAGAAGGGUCUUUUCUGUUUGACUUGCCACAAGAAAUUGCUGGUGAAAAAAAAACUGUAUGAACAAAAGAAACAGCGAUUAAAGAAAGAACUGCCUCAAUUGCCUCCCGUCGGAAACCUGGCCGAUGAUUCUGUAGAGGAUGAUAUAGGAAGGAAGAGCAGGGUGGAUUUCACACCUUUGUCUAUCCCAGAAAGAUCUGGGAAGAGACCUGCAUCGCCGAGAAAAUCAUCCUACCUAGAUGAAGAUGAUAAAGACACUGCCGACUCGAGUGCCCCUGAAGUGGGGAAUACUGAAACAACAUCAAAGAAACACGAAAGAAAAGCUUCGAUAGACGAUCUAUUGAGUUCUACGUUGGCAUGCGAUCUGGAAGAAGAUGCAAAAUUGAAGAAAAGUGCCUUUAUCAUGACAAAUAAUUCUGCAAAUAUAGUAAAUGACUUCUUAGGUAAACCGCCUUUACGAAAUCCAUCGAACCCGGAACCGGCAAUACCACAAUUAUCGAAAUCUGAAACUCAAAGUAAUAUUAGUCUUGAUUGCAGCAAUCAUGGAAUCUCAAAUAGUUCCGAAAGCGCCAGCGCUUUUGCUACUCCACCGUUGCCUACAAGUUUAUCAGAUAUGUUGGAUAAGACAUUAGGUUUCGAUAGCAAUGGAGCUACUCUAAAGCAGUUGGACGACUCUGAUGAGGGCGACCAUCAAGAAAUCACUGAAGAGUUCGAUGAAAAUACAUUUAAACCAUUUGCAUUUAAUAGAACAGAAGCUAUUCCGUCAGAUUACGAAGCACCUAGAUCAACUACCAACGACGAAGGUGGUGUGUCAAGUAAUUCAAAUUCGGUAUCAAGCGAUCGCUCACUACAAAACCCUACAGAAUCAAGGUCAAAUAGCAUUACAUCGGCAAAUAAAACUCGUUCAAACAAUAAUACAGCUGCUACCACUAUUACACAACAAAGUGGAACAAAUUCUACAGCAAAUAGUUCAUUGAAGAGAACUUUAUCAUUUAAAUCAAGAAAUUUUGUAUCUACUUUAAAGAAUAGGACGUCAACUUUCCUUGACCAAAAAGUAUUAGAAACUCCAGACUCAGUCGGGGACAAGAAAACAAAUAUGGUACAACCAAUAAAUAUAACUUCUCAAACUCAUCGUAGAGUUUUAUCAAAUUCAAAACUUCUCGAUUCUCAUGAAAGAACUGCAAGCGGCAAUACGUUAAACAUUAUAAAACCUCCUAGCAUUCCGUCAGAUGUAAGUGGUACAGAUCCUAUUGCGCAAGCAACAGCAUUCCGGACUCCUCCAUUGAGCUCCGCUUCUUCUUUCAAAUCAUCCACUAAUAUUGACGCAUCUUAUAGACCCUACUCUGCAGUUAUCACUGAUUUUGAGAUUUCUAAAUACGAUACUAGUCAAACUAAGAGUAUUCAAUCUAAGAUCAAUGAAGCAGAGGAAAGAUUGUCUAUGUUACAACUUAAUAUUGAAGAAUUGGAGCUUAAAAAAUCACAAUUGCAAAAAGAUAUUCGAACAUUAGAAAGAACAAAGUCUACAAUGAUGAAAAGUACUAUACCUAUUUCAAAUACAAACGGUUCUAGUUCAGAAAAUUCUAAUCAAAAAAACAUAACAACAGUCCAACCUAAUGUUGCCAAUUUAGCAAAGGCAGGAGGACGUCCUAAAUUUUGGAAAAUAUUUUCUAAUGGUAAACAAGUUUCCGGUGAAAUGAAUGGUCCAAAAAAGAUUGAACUGGCAUCAUCAAUAUCAGUUACAUCCAUGGCACAAUUAACACCAAAUAAUAUGAAUAAUAAACUAGGGAUAUCAAAUCCAAUUUUACAAAAUCCUAACGAUUUCAAUGACGUUAAAUUAAAUCAGAUUGUUGAUCGUUCUGAUGUGAACAUAUCAGCCCAAUAUUCAUCACAACCUGGUGAUGUUUUAAUGGGUUCACCAUUAGUCAGCAGAUGUCAAUAUGAAGGAAACAAUAUACCAUUUAUCAUUACCACUUGUAUUGAACACGUUGAAAGCAGCGAGGAAUUCUUACAAACGGAGGGUCUUUAUAGAAAAUCAGGAUCAAAAUUGUUAAUUGAAGAAUUAGAAGAAGCAUUUUCUAGUGUAACUAAUAGCACUUCUCCUCAAUUGAUAAAGUUAAUAAACAGUGACUUGCAUAUUGUAACUGGCAUCUUAAAGAAAUAUUUAAGACAGUUACCAGACCCAUUAUUAACUUACCACAUCUAUGAAUCAUUGAUAAAUACUGUAAGAGAUGAGCAAUUGAGUUCGAGGCUCCCCUUAAAUAAGCAAUGGAAUGAUAGUAAUCCUUUAUUUACAGUUACUUGUGAAACAAUCUCUAAUAUCCUACAUCAUUUACCAAAGGAGCAUAUAGCUCUUCUUUAUGUUUUAGCUGAACAUGUCACCAAAAUCGAUGAAUAUAAAGAAUGGAAUUUAAUGACGAUGAAUAAUCUAUCUUUAAUCUUUGCACCAGGAAUUAUUAGAGAUUUCAAUGGGGAGAAAGAUAUUAUAGAUAUGCAGGAGAGAAACUACAUUGUCGGAUUUAUAUUUAGAUAUUAUCGAAAAUUACUCGACUAA